AGUCCCUCCUUCUUCAUGUGUGAGUCACUCCUUUGCUUGUAUGAGACAGCAUGUGUCCUGACUAGAUGACUCAUCUCCUCUAAUGUUCUCUGUUUGCGCAGCCAAGAAGAAACGGGUGUGUCCCAUCUUCAUAAGCGAAGAUUUUCCGAGAAAUGAGGCCAAUCUCACGCCCCCCAGGAACCUGGACUCACAGACUUCCAUCACUAUAGGUGACAAAAACUGUGAUAUCCAGGCAGAUGACCUGCUCUUCCUGUUGGAGUUGGGCCGUGGGGCAUACGGAGUGGUAGAGAAGGUGAGACACACCCAGAGCGGCACAAUUAUGGCUGUGAAGAGGAUCAGAGCUACAGUCAACAGCCAGGAGGAGAAGAGGUUGCUGAUGGACCUGGACAUCUCCAUGAGGACCAUGGACUGUCCAUACAUUGUCACCUUCUAUGGGGCACUUUUCAGAGAGGGAGAUGUCUGGAUUUGCAUGGAGCUCAUGGACAUGUCACUGGACAAGUUCUACAAAAAAGUCUUGGAGAAAAAACGGAAGAUACCUGAGGACAUCUUGGGGAAAAUAGCAGUUUCUAUCGUCAAAGCAUUAGAACAUUUGCACAUCAAACUGUCAGUUAUUCACAGAGAUGUGAAGCCAUCCAACAUCCUCAUCAAUCGUGAGGGCCAUGUGAAGAUGUGUGACUUUGGCAUCAGUGGGUACCUGGUGAACUCAGUGGCUAAGACCAUGGAUGCAGGGUGUAAACCUUACAUGGCGCCGGAGAGAAUCAACCCAGAUGUAAACCAGAGUGGCUACAACAUCAGGUCGGAUGUGUGGAGCUUGGGGAUCACACUGAUUGAACUGGCCAUACUCCGAUUUCCCUACAAGUCAUGGAGCACGCCUUUCCAGCAGCUGAAGCAGGUGGUGGAGGACCCAUCACCCACUCUGCCUGCUGACGGAUUCUCUCCAGAGCUGCUGGAGUUCACAGCUCACUGCUUGAGAAAGAAUCCAGAAGAAAGGCCAAACUACAUCAAACUGAUGGAUUAUGCCUUCUUCAAGAUUCACGCGUCCAAGGAAACAGACGUAACCUCUUUUGUGAAAGAAAUUAUCGACGACGGUUUGGACUGAGCUUCUCGUCUCUGGCCGCGGGGCAGGACUCGUCCUCUCUUACCUUCUUUUAUUAUUUUGUCUCUCACUUCCAACCAGAGCUCACGUACCGGUAUCGUUUGUUAUUUAUUAUUCUGUGAACUUAGUAAAGGUUAUUAAUAGAAUCCGAUCUCUGCAUGAGGCAUAAUCGGCAGCGAGGGGAACCUCUGGCCACCCCCAAAUUCAGCCGUAGAGAUUUUACUUCGGAAGCGAAUCCUUGGAAAGCUGCAGUGGCCCACCGGCCCUUUAUCUGUGCAGGGCCUCCCCUCAGUUUGUGUCGUUAACUUGUUUGCACCACAGCGCUCCCGAAUUAACUGGUAUGUAAAACAAUCCGUUUCCGGAAGGUGGUCGUGAACCAAUUUGUACGCAAUUUGUUCGCGAACCAAAGCAAUUUUUCCCAUAAGAAAGGAUCGGAAUUCGAUUAAUUUGUUCACAAGCCUAUCAAAUAAUAAUUUUUGUUAAUUAAUUUUCUGUUUUUUCUAGUAAAAACACAAUAUAGUGUGGUGGCGAGCAGACCGAGGAGCAGAGAGACAUGGGGACUCACGCUCUUUAUUAACAGCCUUUAACCCUUGUAUUGUUGUUGUUGUUAAUGUUAAUAUUAGUGGUUGUAUUACCCUGUAUGUUUGCCCAUGUCUUGUGUGAACCCGGUCCGAUCCUCGUGUGUAUUUAGCGUAUGUAGAUCUUCCACCGUGUGCACAUCCUGCAGUUAGGCAUCUUCAAAACUUGUUUCCCAUCUGUGUAUUUGGGUUCGGUGCUCGUUGGAUGUCUGUUGUGGUCCUUCUAUUUACAGUUGCAUGUGGAGCAUGCUGGGAUAUGCUGGGACAUGUGCCCCGCCGAUGCUACACUAGUAUAAAAAAAGGAAUCUGGUCGAGGAAUCUGUUCUUCAACCAAAUUUUGUACGAGAACCAAUGCAUUUUUUUCACGAAAUUUUUGGUUGUGAACCAAAUUGUUCGUAGACCACAGCGGUCAUGAACUGCAGGCACCACUGUAAUAAUAAAAGGUGGCACUUUACAUUAGCUGUACUUUCAUAAUGCAUUCGCUAUGCAUUCAUAGAACAUUCAGUGCACCUUCAUAAUACAUUCAUAGAACAUUCAUAAGCAGCAUGCAAGUACACUUUAACAUCCUAACAUCCCUUAAUAUGUUUAACAUACAUUAAUAACAAACAGUACAUGAUUAUACAAUUAUAAUGUUUGUUGUUAUUAUAUAAUGUUUGUUAUUAAUGUAUAUUACAGCUGUUAAGGGAUACAUACAUAAUGUUUAUGAAUGGUUUAUGAAUACUUAAUAAAUACAUUAUGAAGGUGUACUGAACGUUUUAUGAAUUCAAUAUAUAAGCAUUAUGAAGGUGCAGUUAAUGUAAAGCAUUGCCUAAUAAUAAUGUCAUUAUUAUGUAUUGGUGUUUGUAUCACCCCAUGAAAAUCACUGACCAUCCCAUUCAAAAAUGCCUGCUGGCACCCCUGAUCAGCACCUAAGACAAGCAGGCUGUCUGUGUUUAUCUAUUUGUAGUGGCCUUAAUAUUUGGAACCUAUUACAACCAGUGAAACAUACAUCUCAGCAUGGGUGUGUUGUAUUGGGAUGUUUCAUUGGACUGUGGGUGUGGUCAGCUGUGUAGAUAUGCUGUAUGGGAGUGUGCAUGUGUCGUGUGGGUGUGGUCAGAGCUGUACCGUGUGUUCUGUGUGCGUGUGUCUGUGGUAUGGUGUCAGGAGCAGUACAGGCAUGCCGCAUAAGGCACGUGCAUGAGUAUGCAUCAGUACCUUCUUCAUGUGUUUUUAAACUGGUUAAACCUGCUUUCACAGUUUCACGGUUUGGGGUGCAAGUAUCCAGCAGCAUUUCUAUCCGACCUCAUGAGUUACUGUCUGCCUGAGAUCAGUUGAUGGUUCAUCAGAGACCAGGUAGGAUGGAAACCUGCUGGAUACCGGCACUCCAGGAUCAGGGCUGCCUACCUCCGGUCUAUAUCCACACGUCAUCAAAACUAUUAACUGCUAGUAAUAUUUCACAUGAGAAAUUAUUUCAGAAAGCUUCAUUCCCUGAUAAACACUUAAUCUCAGUUGGUGUUCCCCAGUUUCUGAAAUGUUUGUUUUUAUGUGAGGUAGGCCGUCUCGUGUGUGUCCAUUUCAUGAAUUCCCAUGAACACACAAGUGCCUAAUGCAUGUGCUUUUUCAACUGGCUUUUUGGAUGCAUAUAUGAACAAAGCUAUAUAAUGAUGUUGGAUGAAUGUCAAAUAUAUUGGUUUUGAUGGUUUUCUGGAUUAUUUGCUUUUGUUGAAUCCACUUACAGUUUUGCACAGUAUACAGCUAGAUGUUUGACUGGCACCUUUCAGGUUCCGAAAAGGUCUCUGGGACCUAAAACGCUAAACUUCAGGUGCUACCUGCCAUAUUAGUGCUUCAGUCUUUCUUUAAAAUCAAAUGUGGAGAACAUUCUCCUCCCUUAUGAGUCAGGUAGGCUGCAUAGAUCCUUGCCGUUCUUCACCCAGUCACAAAAGAAUUUGCAUAGUUUUCUAAGGCACACAAAGCUUGUUCUUGCACUGAUUAUUUUUUUGUAGAUGGAGCAGUGAAAUCUUCAGAGUGCCGAUGCCAUUGUUAUUUCCGGUCACGCCCCGCACAUCUUACUUUUACCUAAGAUAUAGAGGCAUUGGAAAUCAAUACAGGCUUACUAGCUAAUGAUGGGUUCUGUGAUUUUAUCUCAAAGAAAAUAAAGUUCUUUAUUGAGACUAA